AUGACCUCCGGCAGCAGACUUUUCCCCGAUGCGGUCAUGAAUGGCGUCGUACUGUCCUUGGCCGCAUUGAAGAGGAUCGACUUACUCCCCGCCGCUAUGAUGGCCGUCCACGGCAGCCUCUCGCCAACAGUGCACAAGGCGAUCGGGAUCACGUUGAGAGCAGCAGACCCGCAGGCGCUCAGGACUAUGAUUCCCACGGCGCUCUCGAAGAUCAGCAAGAUCAGCGAACGCUUUGUCGUUCUCCAGCAGUUGUUCGACGGCGACAUUCGGAAACACGAAGGAUCGGCAGCAGAAGCAGCAAUGGAGGUUGUCAGGGGGAUCUUGUCCGAUUGCUCUGCUCCCAUUGUUGAUGAUGGCUACGCGUUGACCGAUGUUGCAGUCUGCCUCAACGAUCAAGCAUUCGUUAACGAUCGGAUUUUGAAGCUGCUGGGUCAGCGUCGCCGACAAACAGACUUCCUGCUGGCUUUCCUGUCCUCCUGGAGCACCAGAGGAUCCGCUGGGACGGAUCUCGAAAUGAUGGCCACUUUCGAUUCGGUGUUCGAUCUCCUGAUACCCAGUUUCAACCUGGACGUAAGGGACACCCAGCCCGUCAAGCGACAACGAGUGGAUAUUGCUCAGCCUCCAAAGCAGAGCGUGUCCCCUUCGAAAACAGCUGCUGACCUCUACUGGGUCAUGGUAUACCUCGUGAACCACGAAAAGUCCCACCAGCUUCAAGAACUAUGCCGAGCUCUCUCCAGCGAGGUUCUUCUACAGCGACCAGAAGUGCUUCGCAGCAUCCUGAUACCAUACUUACGACACGCACAGGGGUUAGCCGCGGGUUGUCUGGAGAAUGGGCAGCAAACCUGUGUUCUGCAGAUAUACUUCAGCAUCCUUGACGCCUACCUACGCAUGUACGUCCAAAAGCAACCAUCUACCGUGGAGAAUUGGUCCCGCAACCGCGUCGCCUGCAGUUGCUCCGACUGCUUCAAACUCAACCUCUUCCUAAUCAGCUCAAUGCAUCAAACCGAGCGCUUCUCCGUCAGCAAGCCCCGUCGCCACCAUCUCCACAUCGUCCUCGACAAUGCUCGCAUCAACUGCACCCACGAGACAGAGCGCCAUACACGACCAGAGACUCUCGUUGUGACCAAGCGAGAUCGACGGAAAGGGGUGUACGAUGCGUGGUUGGCGCGUUGUCUUGAGGCGCAUAAUGAGAUCAAGCAGUUCGAUCAGGAGUUACUGGAGAGGAUUUUGGGGGAGAGGUAUGAGGUUGUUAAGGAUAUGCAUCCUAUUAUUACGGAUGAUGCGAAUGCGCCCUCGUUCUUACAGCGACCGGUGCUGCGGGAGAGGAGGAAUGGCCCUAUUGCUCUAGCUCCUGCUGCGUCGAGUCGAGCUGGGACCAAGCGCAAGGUUGAAGUGAUUGAUCUUUGUGAUUCUGAGUAG